CUGAGCUGGGGCCAGAACGCCGCGCGCAGCGGAGAAUGCGGUUCUGCGACGGCAGGCGGCGCUUCUUUCUCCUUUUCCGCGGUCCACGCGGUUCCCUCUAGCGCCGCGCUCGGACCGACGUAGCCAGCCGCGAAGGCGCCUCGUUGGGCGCGCCCCGACGGCAACCCAACUGCCCAUGCUGAGGUGAACGCGGCGGUCCACGAGAUGCUGGCGCUGCUGACGGCCGGCCUGGCGCUCGCCGUGGCGGCGGGAGCCCAGGACAGCCCGGUGCCCGGCAGUCGCUUCGUGUGCACCGCGCUGCCCCCGGAGGCGGUGCAUGCCGGCUGCCCGCUGCCCGCGAUGCCCAUGCAGGGCGGCGCGCUGAGUCCCGAGGAGGAGCUGCGGGCCGCGGUGCUGCAGCUGCGCGAGACCGUCGUGCAGCAGAAGGAGACGCUGGGCGUGCAGCGCGAGGCUAUCCGCGAGCUCACGGGCAAGCUGGCGCGUUGCGAGGGGCUGGCGGCCGGCAAAGCUCGCGGUGCCGGCGGCAAGGACACCAUGGGAGACCUGCCGCGGGACCCCGGCCAGGUGGUGGAGCAGCUCGGCCGCUCGCUACAGACCCUCAAGGACCGCUUGGAGAGCCUCGAGCUCCAGCUCCGCACAAACGUGUCCAAUGCCGGGCUGCCAAGUGACUUUCGGGAGGUGCUCCAGCGGAGGCUAGGGGAGCUGGAGAGGCAGUUGCUACGCAAGGUGGCUGAGCUGGAGGAUGAGAAGUCCCUGCUCCACAAUGAGACCUCAGCUCACCGGCAGAAGACAGAGAGCACCCUGAAUGCACUGCUGCAGAGGGUGACUGAGCUGGAGCGAGGCAACAGUGCAUUCAAGUCACCAGAUGCAUUCAAAGUGUCCCUCCCCCUCCGCACAAACUACCUGUAUGGCAAGAUCAAGAAGACACUGCCCGAGCUGUAUGCCUUCACCAUCUGCCUGUGGCUACGGUCCAGUGCCUCUCCAGGCAUCGGCACCCCGUUCUCCUACGCUGUGCCUGGCCAGGCCAAUGAGAUCGUGCUGAUAGAGUGGGGUAACAAUCCCAUUGAGCUGCUCAUCAAUGACAAGGUUGCACAGCUGCCCCUGUUUGUCAGCGAUGGCAAGUGGCACCACAUCUGUGUCACCUGGACAACACGGGAUGGCAUGUGGGAAGCAUUCCAGGACGGAGAGAGGCUGGGCACUGGGGAGAACCUGGCGCCCUGGCACCCCAUCAAGCCGGGUGGUGUGCUCAUCCUGGGGCAGGAGCAGGACACCGUGGGAGGCAGGUUUGAUGCCACACAGGCCUUUGUCGGAGAGCUUAGCCAGUUCAACAUAUGGGACCGUGUCCUCCGGGCACAGGAGAUCAUCAACAUCGCCAACUGCUCCACGAACAUGCCCGGCAACAUCAUCCCAUGGGUGGACAACAACGUCGACGUGUUCGGAGGGGCUUCCAAGUGGCCUGUGGAAACGUGUGAGGAGCGACUCCUGGACUUGUAGCCACCUUCUCUCUGUCCAAGAGGCCAGGAUCAGGCUGUCCCUGUGGGGAGUUCAGGGCCACUUACUCCCCAGUUCCAACUGUGUAAAACCUCUGGCUGAACAGACGGAGGCCAGAGCCCAUUCCCAGAAAACCCCUAAGACAGGCUGUGUGACCACCUCUGUCUUGAGCUCAUUUUGUUCCUUCUCACCAUUUUGUUGUUUUGAGAGGGGAACAGUGCCAGAGUCCCUUGGAAAGAGCCCUUAGCCACUUCCUGCCAGGGUCAAUUCUGUGAGCCCCUCUCCAGACCCCUGUAAAUGCUAGUGCCGCCCAGCCCUGCCUGUCCUCCUGGAUCUUUGAUGUCCCAUGUGCUUCCUGUUUGUCCCCUUUAAUGGCUGUACAGCCAUCUCACUGGGGUGGCCUGUGUCCUUUGUGUGGAGUACAUCCUUACUGGCCACAGAGCAGGCUAUAAAGCAGCGGCUCUCAUCUGCAAAAGUGUCUCUCCUGUAUCCGGUGAAUUCUGUUCCUAUCCUCUGAGGGAGUCGAAGCACAUGGGGAGCCAGCUGCUCAGACAAGCUCCGCCUUCUCCAGAGCAGAGGGGGUACCCUAAAGCUGGCCCCUCCCCUCUGCCCCCCUCUCCCUCAGACUCACGCUUCAACGGAAUCAUCACUGGAUUGGCUUUGAAAGGUCCCUCUUCUCAUCUGGUGCCAAAAGUUCAUUUGCAGCUUUUACAAUAUCCAGUGUGGUUUGGGAAUUUAUUUUUUCCCCCACAAAAGAACAGCUAUCUGAAGUCUCCCAUUCUUUUGAUGCUCAGCCUGCUGAGGAGUGAGUUUGGUUCCCGUGAGCAUCUGAUGGUCCCCAUCAAGUGUUCCCUCCAGAACUUCUGAGAAAACAGGUGUCAUUUGGCUGCUACUUGCUUAGUGACUCCAGGCUGCUUCAUAGAUCAUAAUUUAUUUUAAAGAGAAAGUGUUACGUGGGGAAAUUUCUAAAGUGAUAAAUAUAUUUUUUAUUUUUCAUAACUGUUUGAAGUGCAGAUCCAUGGAUGUUCCAUUUGUAGGACCGAGUUACCCAUCAUGACAUUCUGACAUUGUAUGCCACAAGACCUCUUGUGAUGAUGGAGUUUUGAUUAAAGUGCACUGGAA